AUGAGGCUCCCGGCUUUCCUGGGUCUCCUGGCCCUGAUGCUGCAAGAGGCAGGGACAGCUUCUCUCCCAAAGAAGAUGAGGAAGAGGAGAGAAGAGGAAGGUGAUGCUUAUGCAGCCCUGCCUCUGGGGGAUGAAGCCCUGAACCCGGAGAGCUACGGUGAGGUCAUUGACCUGAGCAACUAUGAGGAGCUCACUGACUACGGGGACCAGUCCCCUGAGGUUAAAGUGACUAGCCUGGCUCCUCCAACCAGGACCAGUCUCACCAAGAGCACCAAGGCUCUAAGGACACCCUCACCAAACCCCAUGUUGGCCAGACCUACUACCUUGGGACUACUGACUUCCCCAGCCAACCAUGGUCUGCCCACCUGCCUGGUCUGUGUGUGCCUCGGUUCUUCUGUGUACUGUGACGACAUUGAGCUAGAGAGUAUUCCUCCUCUUCCCCGGGCGACUGCCUACCUCUAUGCCCGUUUCAACCGUAUCAGUCAUAUCAGGGCCGAAGACUUCAAAGGACUGACAAAGAUGAAGAGGAUUGACCUCUCUGGCAACUCCAUAUCCUCCAUUGAUAAUGAUGCCUUCCUCUUGCUGGCUGCCCUUCGGGAUCUGAUCCUCUCAGAGAACCAGCUGGCAGCUCUGCCCGUGCUGCCCAACGGCAUCGAGAUCCUGGAUGUCCGCCUGAAUAGGCUCCAGAGCUCAGGAAUACAACCUGAAGCCUUCAGGGCACUGGAGAAGCUGCGGUUUCUCUACCUGGCUGACAACCUGCUGGAGUCUGUCCCUGGGCCCUUGCCCCUGAGCCUGCGCUCACUGCACCUGCAGAAUAACAGGAUAGAGACCAUGCGGAGCGACUCCUUCUGUGACGCUGAGGAGCACAGGCACACCCGCAGGCAGCUGGAAGACAUCCGCCUGGAUGGCAACCCCAUCAACCUCAGCCUCUUCCCCGGUGCCUACUUCUGCCUGCCUCGGCUGCCCAUAGGCCGCUUCAUCUAGCUCUGAUCCCGCCUCCUCCUCCUCCCAGGUCGUCUCCGGCCCAGCCCGCACUCAUUCUCCCACAGCUGCCAUCUCACAGGCCUCGCUCCUGUGGUCGCUGGCAACAUGGACAGAGGUCUCCAUGGAGAGGGAGGCCGCCUGUUUCUUUCCCCAUGGCCCCCACGUCUCCCUUCUCCC